AUGGCUUCAAGCCUGUUCACUUUGCUGAUCCCGUCGCGAAUAAGAACCUUGCAGUCCUAUCAGGAACAGUUAAUGGACACCAAAGCUCAGAGGGAGGAGCUUAGGAAUGAAAUUCAGCAGUUGAAGCAAGACUUGGAAUCUGGACCCACAGUGAAAGAGCUGAAGUCCUACAAAGAACAACUGAGACGCAUGGGCAGACUUAUUCACCAGAGUAACAUGAAGUCUGCUCAGGAGUUUAAAGAAGAGGGGAGGGCUGCUCUGAGUAACCAGGAGGUGGCAAAGGCAAGGGCCUUGGCUGCCAGACACGAGAAGGUUCUGAAUGACAUCAAAGCGGUUUUGACUACUUCCGGGGCUCCACUGAGGCUCCAUAGACCGAGGCCAUCAACCAGCCAUCCGCUGUCCAACAGGGCCUCAGAGAUGGUCGAGUUUGACGAACUCCUCUCCACUCUGGAGAUGUGGUCUGACCAACUGGCUUCACUGAAGGACUUGCACUGUGCCCUGAGUAAGUUGAUGCUGAGACUGUUACCAUGGCAGCCAGCAUGCGCUACUAGUCUUAUGGAAAGUGUUCGAGUGGAGGAUCUUAUGCUACUGGUGGACAGUCUGCUAGAGGAGACCAACUCUGGGGAGGAUAAGUUGCUGAGGAGCCCCACUAGGAACACACUCCAGUCAAUGGUGUCCCACUUCCAGAAGCUGUUUGAUAUAACCUCCCUCGGCGGAGUGUAUCCACGUAUGAACAAGGUCUACACCAGGCUUGGGGAGAUGACCAACGCUAUGAGGAACCUCAGGGACAUCCUGGCCCUGGAUGACAGAGCACCCCUUAGUGAGGUGGUAAACCAGGUAACCAGUCUGGUCAACUCCGCAGAGGCCACAAGCUCCACAGGUACAAGCAGCAUUGUCAGUAUUAUCUUGAAGGUAAAGGAACAUGAGGUGUUCUUCCCUGCAUUCCACUUUUUGGUUCAGGAGCUGCUCUAGACUCUAGGUAGGGAAAUGUUACCAUCCAAUAAUGCAUUUGUUUUAAAUUGUUUACUGAUCAUCUGGUUAUUAGUACAUCUAUUUUGGUUGAUCUUACAGAUGUUGACUGUCUGGAUGACAUCAUGCCUGUUCUGAGGUCACUAAAGUCAAGAGCAGAGUAACACCGGUGCUUUGUAAUUAACAAUGCCUUUAUGUUUUGUGUAUUUGAUUUGGAGUGAUUUUAUGGUGUUCUACUUUUGAUGUGUAAAUUAACAUGAAUUAAUACCUCUUCCAUAAACAAGAUCUCAAUUCAGUACAGUGAAAUAACAACAUGACAUGUAUGUAUGAAAAAACAUAAGUUUUAUUUUUUAGUGAUUAUAAACCCUUCUUUCUCCACACCUAAGAACAAACCUCAGUUCAUAUGAGUUAAGAAAAAAGCUGUGGACAAAAAUAUUGCAGGUAAAAAGUUAUUUUCAAAGCUAUCCAUUCUGAGAGGGGGGGGGAGAAAGUUUGGUAAUUAUCAUUCCACACGCACGACAGUUCUUUACAAAGUCAAAACCACUUGACCUAGUGUUCCAUUUAGAUCAUUGAGCAACAAAAAAAACAUGGUUUCACUCUUCAAAAAUGAAUUCCCAUGUCAGCAGCUGCUUCAUUCUUUA